AUGCCUGCCGAAGUUCCGGACAAGCUGGAGCCCUUCCCAAAGCGGUCACUUGACAUCAGUCAGUUAUUCAUUCUCCAACGUUUGUAUCUUUUCCCUUUACAACCUCCCAUCCAGACGCUGCAGUCUUUUUUGCUGUCCGGCCACGGACGCCUUCAUUCCCGCAUCGAAGAGGUUCUUGAUCUGCCGCUAAUCCAGCAGCAGGCUGAAAACGGAGCUCUAGAUAUCGGCCAGCUGUCCCAGUUUAUCAUUGAAAUGAUGGGUUCUCUAUGCGCCCCAUGCAGAGAUGAGGACAUCAAGAAACUGAAGCAGAUCACCGACCUUGUGCCUCUGCUGAAGUCCAUUUUCUCUGUGCUGGACCUGAUGAAGGUGGACAUGGCUAACUUUGCAGUGAAGAGCAUCAAGCCACAUCUCAUGCAGCAGUCGGUUGAGUAUGAGAGGAACAAGUUCCAGGAGUUUCUGGAGAAACAACCAAAUGCCUUAGACUACACAGAGAAGUGGCUGGAGGAAACGGUGAAAUCUCUGAGAGAAACAGACGGUUCUGCUGCUGCCUCCAGUGACCCCCCUUCCCUCCUCCCAUUAAAUGUUCACAAUCACGCUUAUCUUCGCCUGCUCAGGUGGGAUCAUGCUUCAGACCCUUUCCCAGAGACGGUGCUGAUGGAUCAAGUUCGGUUCUUAGAGAUGCAGAAGGAGGUGGAGCGGUUAGUUCUGCUCUCCUCUGUGCUCCUUGUUGUCUACACCACCACAGGAGACGCCAUCUCUGGCCUCCCAGGACUGAUGGAGUCGCUUAAAAACACUGUCAGUGUCAUGCUCACAGAAAUGCACGUUCCGUCAUUCAACAUGCAGGAGGCCUUAGCGACCAUUGGGGAGAAACUGUGUGUGGAGCUGAGCCAGUGUUUAAGCCAACAUGGCUUCCCUUCCCUCACAGCUGAGCGUAAGAGCACUCUGAAGGGGCAGAUCUCUGCCAUCAUCCAUCCAGACAACACAGUCCGAAAGCUGAUGGACUCUCGGAUUCAAAGCUAUCUCCUGGCUGCCCUGGAAUCCAGUCAGCACAAGACACCUCCUCCUCUCCCAGGAGGUCUGGCUCCGGUCAGCAGGGAACUUGGAGAGCUCUCGGUCCGCUUCAGCCGCCUGGUCAACUACAACAAGCUGGUUUUCUCUCCGUUCUACCAGAAGAUCCUCCAGAAUGCACCAACUCCUGAAGAGGGCCCUAGCAUAGAGACAUAAAGCCCCCCCCUACUGGGGUCGGGAGUUCCUCUGCUCUCCCUUAUUGGCAACAGUUUGGAUGCAGAAAGGAAAGUUAAAGAGGCAGAUCUUUAAUCUAAGAGGGAAGCCAGUCCUGCAGAGCUAGCACCUUCAAAUAUUACAAUUCCACUCACAUUUACUGAUGCAGUGUUGUUUCUUCAUUAAAAUGACAAUUUCAAUGAUUGCAUUAACUUCCCGAGUAUCGUGCAUGGAUAACCAAACUGUUGGUACUGUAGUUUUAUUAUAACCAGGCACAGUGUGAAAUUACAGAGGUAUUCAUAUCACUUGAACCUUUACAGACUUUGUCAAAUCAUUGCCACCAAAACUUUGAUGUAAUAUAUUUGGACGGAGAGACGUAGGGAAAUCUGUGCCUGUUUAUGAAGUGAAAAAGAAAGGAUACUUGGUGUCACGUUUUUAGGCAAAAAGAUAUAUUAAAUCUAUGGCAUGCAGAUGUAGUCAAAGCACUUGGACCAGAACUAUGAAGAACCAUCUUUCUGGCUUGCUAAAGGAAAUCUAUAAAAUAUAACAAAUUUCAUGGUUUUAACAGAACAAAGUGUAAAUGAGGAUCACACAUAGUUUUUAAAAGCACUGUAAUUAAGUCCACUUCGUAUCAUCAGCUAAGCUGGCGAUCACAGUAAGUCACCUUACACUGGUUAUGUGUCCAGUUCUGCUUUAGUGUUUAAUUGUAUUUUAAAUCCCUAAAUAGACUUGAAUGUUUUCAGCUUCAAAACUGUUUUAAGCAAUAGAAGAUUUGUUAGCUUCUUCUGUAGAAAAAUCCUCUGGUCAUAAAGUAUAGACCAGUUGGUGUGUUCCACUGGUCAUAAAGGGUGUUUUAGGGAUGUAAGGGGUUAAUUUUAGAGAUAUUUGCAAUGAAUGUAAGUAAAAAAGCAAAACCCCUGAAAAAAAAAGGUCUUACAUAUGCGUUAUCGGAUGGAAAGCAUAUAAAUUCAAGUAAGACAUUUCCUGCAUGUGUUAUGUCGACCACUGAGAAUAAUGCCUCACUUUAGAGUUUUGGAGGAGAAAUGAAAUUUGAUGACCUUUAGAUUAGUGGUUUUGAGCCGACAGAAAUGAACAGAACAGAACUGUGAGCCGUUCGAUCCAUCGUAAGAAAAGAAACCUUUAAAAAAAAUCUAUCGGUCGUCUAAACUAGUUUUCUGGCUUCUCUGAAAAUCUCCAGUUGCAGAAAAUACAACCUUAAACAUUUUUGGUCGGUACGAGUCUUUUGUUUUCUCAAUUCAUUCAGAACACAAAGGAAAGGAAAUUAUGAACCAAUGGAUACUGACCCAAAAUACUGUCCUGUAGAUGUUUUCAGUGUAACUUUUACUUCUUAUUUGCUCAUUGUAAACUUAUUGUUAGAUAUUCUCUAGUUUUAUUCUGAUAUUUAUGUUUACAUUAGAUUCUUCUUUAUAAACAUUAAUUUCUUCCUUAUAUCAGUUGACUACCUUUUGUUGGCCCUGUUUGCUGUUAUUCACAAAAAUUGCACAGUUUAUAUUUGUUUUCACUGUUAUUUGUCUUUAGGUGUUCAUUUGACAUGCAAAUAAAGCUUGUCCAAAAAUAAAGCUAAAGUUUGCUCCCACAUAAAGAGGUCUGUUUUUUUUUUUUUUUAGAUUGUAACAUAAGUGUAACCUGUUGUAUCUAUACUACCUAUAUUAUACAAUUGAAGAUAAUUGUUUCUAAAACGCCAUUUAAUGUAAAAUGAUAAUAAAUCACUUACCGGUAGGUCUUAUGCAUGUAGUGCACAU